CUUCCGGUGAAAUACAAAUUAUGCAGCGCCGCGUUUGUCAUUCACUUCGGCGUGCCUGAUCAGUGUGAUAAAAGCAUGUUCACCCCGCCGAAGGAGGGGAUGCCCAGCAUGAUCGACAGGGCGCUGAGGAUGAGGAGGGAGGAGCAGGCUCGACAGGUGGUCCUCGCCUGGGCUGUUCUCAACGUGUCUCUUGCUGGCAUGAUUUACACUGAAAUGUCAGGAAAAUUGCUGAGCCGAUACUACAACAUUACCUACUGGCCUAUCUGGUACAUUGAGCUGGUGCUUGCCUCUCUCUUUAGCCUCAAUGCUCUUUUUGACUUCUGGAAGUAUUUCAAAUACACAAUGGCUCCAUCCACCAUUGCAGUAACCCCUGAGCAGCAUCACCUUCUGGGUCUGAGAAACACAAGUAUUCAAGCAUCUCCACCCCAAAAGCCAGAAAAGAAGGAAGCCCCGGCUCCUGCUCAGUCGUCUCCUCUGCAGGGCCAGAGUGUGCUCAGCUUUAGCCCCUCUCGUACAGCCUCCAGCAGCCCCAAGUUCUCCCCCAGCUGUGUGCCUGGAUACAGCCCCCCUCUCAGCAACCCAUCACCAACAAGCAGUGCGGGAGGCCCCUUCUCCCCCUCUGUGUCCUUUGGAAAGGUGUUGAAUUACAGUCCAUCCUCUGGCUCCUCUCCUUAUCCCACCACUAUUGGGUCAGCAGAAAGCUCCAGCUUGAGGGCUCGAUAUCGCACGCCUCCCUCGGUGUUUAACUCCCCUGGAAGCAAAGAGGACUACAUGGAGGAUCUGAAGAGUCUGGAGAGGUUUCUGCGCACCGAGGAGGAGAAGAGUCACCGCAGCCAGCUUGGAAGUCCAGAGUCUGUGUCUCCAAGCCAUAGUCCAACAUUUUGGAACUACAACCGUUCAGUAGGAGACUACGCUCAGAGCCUGAGGAAAUUACUCUACCAGCCCGCAUGCCGAUCUCAGGCACCUUCUGCCCACAAGGACGAGACAGACCUGGGCUCCAAACAGGCUGCAGAGGAGGUGUGGGCGAGAAUCACGACCAGCCGCCCAGUGCUGGAUCGCAUUGAUAGCUGGACAGCCAAGCUUAGAAAUUGGAUCAGUGACACUAUCUUGGUCCCGCUGGUCAAAGAAAUAGACUCAGUCAACAGUCUGCUGAGGAGGAUGGGCUGCCCAGAGCUCCAGAUAGGAGAGGCCAGCAUAAGCAGCCUGAAACAGGCAGCAGUGACCAAAGCUUCAUCAAUCCCCACUUUGAACUCUAUUGUCCAAUACUUGGAUAUCACGCCUAACCAGGAGUAUCUAGUGGACCGGAUAAAGGAGCUGGCUCACAGUGGCUGCAUGAGCUCCUUUCGCUGGAACGGUGGUGGCGACCUGAAGAACAGGAAGUGGGAUACAGACCUCCCUACUGACUGUGCUAUCCUCAUGCAUGUGUUUUGCACAUACCUGGACUCCAGGCUGCCCCCACAUCCAAAGUACCCAGAUGGGAAGACUUUCACGUCUCAACAUUUUAGCCACACCCCAGACAAACCUGAUGUUACCAAGGAGAACCUCUUCUGCAUUCACCAAAGCAGCACCACUCCUCCUCACUACCAGCUCAUAUACCAAGGACACGUCUACAGUCUUCCCAAGGGCAGGAACAACCUGUUCCAUACAAUCCUCAUGUUCCUCUAUGUUAUUAAGACUAAGGAGUCGGGGAUGCUGGGGAGAGUAAAUCUGGGCCUCUCAGGUGUGAACAUCCUGUGGAUAUUUGAGGACUGAUGCAUCAUCCUCAAAUACUGAACACCAAGCAGCUGCAAUGGAUUUUGAGGAUACACGUAUCACCUCGACUGAAAGAAUCCUCUUUCUGGUGCACAUGAGCAAAAAAAAGUAACAACUUUGCUUUAAAGUUAGAGUAGAUGCAUAUAUCUGAACAUUUUCAUGACUGGCAACCUGCUAUGUUAUUUUUUUGCAUUUUAGGAACAUGUUUCUUUUCCACCACAGAGUGCUUAUGAUACAACAAAGCUGUAUUUUUAACAGUGUUUGGGGUUUCUGAUUUUUGUACUUUGAGAAUGUGCCUGCAUGGCAGCCUUGUAAAUAAUAUACCUCAGAUGUAACUGGCGGAUGGCAAAGGGCUCAGACCCAUCAGCUUGAAUGUAAAUAGCAACCUUUUGUCAGUUUUUUUUUUCUCUUGUUCUGUUGUAGAGUAGAAUGCAAUAAUAGGAUUUCUCCUGGCAUGUGCUUGAAUUGUGAGACUUGUGCAGGUUGCAGCUAUGCUGAAAUGUUACACAUAAAUAUGUACAACAGUAGAAAUGAAAUGAAAUGAAAUGAAAAAGCUUUUGAGUCACUGUUUUUGUGAAUACAUUUUUUACAAAAGCACACUGAAUGCCAUUUAUCCCAGCAUUUUGAAUCACACUGUACAUGUUUGCUUGCUUUCAAUAAUGCUGUU